AUGUCGGCGAACGGGGCAGGGGGGGCGCGCUGGAUGGAGCACGUUACAAUGGUGCUCGCACCCGAGUGCCAGGUCCCACCGCCGAUUACGCGGCCUCGAGAGAUGCACCCGCUUCCUGAAGGCGUCGAUGCGUACUGCGUAUACCCAUUUGCAGCAGAAGAGCUCGUAGCGUCGAGCGCAUCGCCCGUCUCGAGCCGCAGCGUCGCACAGAUGCAGGACCGGCGGGCGACGUACCUUGCCACACGCAAGGUGACGCAGGAGCGCGAAGCACAAGAACGUAUGCGCCGCUUGGCUCCGGGAUGGGUCCCUGACCAGAUGCUGGAGCCGACGCCGGCACACUCCAAAGGCCUCCGUGAGGGCUGGGGGGCGAGUCUAGCAUCGGACGCGCCGCCGCCGGCCGUGGCCGAGUCUAAGGGCCCGCUGGCUGCGCCUGCAGAAGAGCCACCUGCAGAGCGGCCGCCCGCACCGACGCCUUUGUCGGCAGCGCCACUGGACACGCCCGCCGCGCACGUAAACGUGCCGGGACGGGAGCCGCCAGACCCAUCCCCCACGAGCGAGCCGACCAACGAGCCGCCGCCGACGGCUGCGCCUGAGUUUCAUACCCAGCCGACGCCGCCGCCUCCGGCAUCGGACCCCGCGCCGGAGCCUGUGGACCGCCCCGAGGCACCGACACCUCUGGCCGCAUCGGCGCACAACGAACCCACCCCCUCUCGCAAACAGAGCACAGACGACGACGAGCUCGACCGUCUUGCAGCAGACAUGAACAGUUUGUAG